AUGACGCACUCUGGGCUUUCCUUAUAUAAGACACCUAUCGGGACCACACCCUUUAGGAUGAUCUAUGGGAAAGCGUGUCAUCUUCCGGUUGAGUUAGAACAUCGGGCGUAUUGGGCCUUGCGAAAGGUCAAUCUUGAUAUGGACGCUGCGGGUAAGAAACGGUUUCUCCAGAUACAUGAGUUAGAAGAGUUGCGUGAUGAAGCAUAUGAGAAGUCGUGGGCUUACAAGGAGAAGACUAAGCAGUUGCACGACCGCCACAUUAAGAGUGUGAAAGAAUUUAAGUGUGGGGAUAAGGUGCUGCUUUAUAAUUCCCGGUUAAGGUUGUUUCUGGGAAAGCUGAAGUCGCGAUGGACGGGUCCGCAUUUAGUCACUGAGGUUUUUCCGUAUGGCACUGUCGAGAUUGAGAAUGAGGAAGGUCAAAGGUUUAAGGUGAAUGGGCAUAGGUUGAAAAUCUACAUUGAGGGCCCGUCUGAGGAGAGAGAGGGAGAGACGCUUGAUCUUCCUAAGGUUGGCAUGAGCGUGUGA